AUGGACGAGGGAAUGUCAAUGUCAGGGUUUUGCGUGAAGGCAGCAAGUGUUCGUGGCGCAGGUGGUAAUGGAAGCACUGGAACAAAGUGUGGGCGUUGGACUCCGACUGCUGAGCAGGUUAAAGUUCUGACCGAACUGUUCAGGUCCGGACUUCGAACCCCGAGUACUGAUCAAAUUCAGAGAAUCUCCACUCAGCUCAGCUUUUAUGGAAAGAUCGAGAGUAAGAACGUUUUUUACUGGUUCCAGAACCAUAAAGCUCGGGAAAGACAGAAGCGCCGCAGAGUCUCCUCUGAUGACGACAAGAUUUCUUCUUCUGCAAAACAUUUUGCUGAGAUGAAUCGGGUUGUUUCGGAGCAUGAACGAGUGAUCGAGACCCUCCAACUUUUCCCAUUAAAUUCCUUCGAUCGCGAGUCGUCGGAUCAGAAGCUGAGACUGCGUGCAAACGAUCAGUGCAAGGAGACGGAACAACACCCACCGUUGGAUCUGCGUUUAAGCUUUCUGUAA